AUGGCAGAUAUGGUCAUCUCUAAGAACCUUGCCAAAUGGUACCAGCCAGACGACCCAGCCCUUAGAAAACAUCACAUCGGCAUCCCACUUGAGUACUUCCGGAUCAAUGGUCCGAAUGGCAAGCAUCUCUGCCACGUUUCGCAUCUUUAUGGUCCCGCCAUUCAACACGUCCACGACCUGUACUCGCCCUGUCAGUCCUUGCUGAAAGCCAUCGCCUAUCAGAUCGUUGAUUCCAUGGCCUUUCUUCAUCAGCACGGCAUCUAUCAUGGCGACUUUCGACUCGCAAACGUCAUGUUUUGCUUGCUUCCUGGAGUCGACAAAUGGCCAGAGGAGAAGAUGAUCAAGCUCUAG